AUGAUGCUGAAGAAGUUAGACGAAGAAGGUGGUUUAGGACAACUCGAUCAACAGAACAGAAACAGCGACACUGUUGUCGAUGAUUCCAGUGUUCUGGUGCCAUCAACAUUGGUAGAUGACCAUACAAAUAAAACUACCUCACGCAAGAGAGGUUUACCCACUUCAGUUCGUGCUAAUCUCCGAAGUACCAAGAGACGACGAAUAUAAAAUGCACAAGAUGCUGAAACUAAUGCUAUUAUUCAUACUAUUUUAUUUGUCACCAAACGUUUUUCACUUAGUCUUGUUGUUUUUUUUUCGGCUUGAAGUUUUUUUUUUGAUGUACUACGGAUAUCGUGAUUCAUGAAUCAGUUGUUAUAGGUUGAUUUUCUAUUUUUGUUGAUUCAGGUAAAACU